AUGUUGAGCGUCGAUCAUGUCCCCCUCCCACGCCCCGCGCUCCCAUACGAUGCGACGCGUCCCGGCGAGCUCACCGCCAGCCAGGAGGAGAUGUACGCAAAAAUGCUUGCGCACUUCGACAGGCCGGACUACGCGCUGCCCCGCGCAGAGAAGGGAGAGCUUGGCGAGGAGGAGCAGUUCUGGCUGUCUCGGGAGUGCAUAUUGAGGUACUUGCGGGCUACGAAGUGGCACCUUGAGCCCGCAAUCGUGCGGUUGGAGGACACGUUGAGGUGGAGGCGCGAGUUCGGGCUCUAUGAUUUCGCUCCUGCAGACGUUGAGCCAGAGGCCGUGACUGGUAAGGAGAUCGUGUUCGGGUACGACACGCAGCGGAGGCCCGCGUUGUAUAUGGUUCCUAGUCGGCAGAACACGGACGAGUCGCCGCGACAGAUCCAGUACGCUGUGUGGAUGCUGGAGCGCACGCUCGACCUUGCGGGGCCUGGCAUUGAGUCGAUCGUGCUCAUGAUCAACUUCGCAGACCGAGCGAAGAAUCCGUCUUUGGGGACCUCUAAAACGGUCUUGAAUAUCCUCCAAUCGCACUACCCCGAGCGCCUUGGAGCCGCGCUGAUCCUGAACGUCCCCUUCCUGAUCAACGCCUUCUUCAAGCUCAUAUCCCCGUUCAUCGACCCGCUGACGCGCACCAAGAUGAAGUUCAAUCCGAGGCCGGUCGAGGACGGGCUGUUCGAUGCGGCGCAGCUGAUGAAGGACGGCGGAUGGGGCGGGGACCGCGAGUUCGUGUGGGACCAUGGGAAGUACUGGCCCGCGCUGCUGAAGAUGUGCGCGGAGACCCGGGAGGCGCAGCACGAGCGGUGGAAGGCGCUCGGCGGGAAGGUCGGGAUCAGCGAAUGGGAUUUCAAGAGGGGCGCCACCGACGGGACAGGAGAGGCGGUGGACGUGUUUGCGAGGGACGCGCCGGCGGAGGUGGGUGCUGCUGUCUGAGGUCGUGGACUUGUGAUACCGGGUUUUCGCGCGGUAUGUUGUUUACUCUACUGGAUACACAUUUUUUAGCUCGCGGUAAUAGAUGUAGAAGGCGCGAAGAAACGCCAGCCGCCGGCUGGUUGCGUCCUCCUCUUGCUCAUGGUCACAUCAUAACCGCGACACCGCCGUUCUGUUCU